AUGGAAAAAAAAUCCAGUGGAGGACAUAGAAAAUGCAUUAGUGUAGUGGAGCUGAUGUCCAACCAUGGUAACAUCUCAAUCACUAUCAGCGUUUAUUUCAAGCACGACAUCAUCAACAUCGAACUUCUCACGGAUAGUAGGAUCAUUCCGGAUUGGUGUAAGAAGGGGGAUCAAUCCUGCAACAACAACAACAAGAAAAAUGAGGUAGUAGCGGUGCUCCCGUUCAGAUGCUUGACUGAAACCUUCAACACUGAGGCCCUUUUGGUUCCUGAGCCGUGCAUCUUCGACCACCUACACGACUCCUCCUACUGUGCAACCCCGAAGGAAUGGUUGCACCAAUCACGUGCGUCUUGCAAGCAAAAGGGGCUCGUUUCGUACUCGCAAUCCAUGUUGAAGCCCUGUGGCCUAAACAAGUUUUAUGGAGUGGAGUUUGUUUGCUGUCCAGCUGAUUUCAGAGGCGAGGUUGCUGGCGGCGAGAAGAGGGAAGAUAUGCACAAUGGAUUGGAUCCUUGUGCACAACUACAGAGGUUCGCAUGUAACAACUCUAACAUUGAUGUUGUUUCAGCAACUGCUGGCGACAAAAAGUCAUCAGAGGUGGCAGUGGAGUCCAGUGAAAACGUCAUUUUUGACACCGUAGUCGAGGGUGCCUACAACAGGGGGGCCGCGGAUCAUCAUGACGUCAUGAACAACAACAACAACAACAAUAAUAAUAAUAAUAAUAAUAAUAAUAACAAAGUGCACGAUGGUUCUAUCUUAAGACCGGUGAUUAUUAUUUAG